UACACCUCCUAAAGCCACCUCCUUUUUAUCUCCUUCUUCUUCUUCUUCUUCUUCAGUCUUUCCGUCUCAACAUCUCAAUCAUAACUUCUUUAUUCCGCUUUUCUUCUCCCUGUGUUGUAUUUAUUUUUUGUCCAAAAUAAGUUCACAAUCAAAGAUACCAGUUGCGUAGCUAGUGCUUUUCUUUUUAAUGGCAGAGGAAAGUAGACGAAACCCGAAACCUGAAUCGGUUUCGGUGGAAGAUCAGGCUGAAAUAAAGAGAAAUAAUCUGCCAAACUUUCUGUUAUCAGUUAGACUCAAAUAUGUGAAACUAGGUUAUCACUAUUUAAUCUCCAAUGCCAUGUAUCUAUUGCUGAUUCCACUCCUCGGCAUUGCCUCCGCUCAUCUUUCGACUCUUACCAUCCAAGAUUUAGUUCAGCUGUGGAACCACCUAAAGUUCAAUUUUAUCUCAGUCAUUCUGGGUUCUGGACUAGUGGUUCUCUUGGCUACUCUUUACUUCAUGAGCCGCCCAAGAAAAAUAUAUUUGUUGGACUUUGCAUGUUACAAACCAGAGGAAGCUCGCAUAUGCACCAGAGAAACUUUCAUGGAUAGGUCAGCAUUGGCUGGGAGCUUCACCGAAGAGAACUUGGGCUUUCAAAAGAAGAUCCUUGAGAGGUCUGGGUUGGGACAAAAGACUUACUUGCCUGAAGCUGUGUUGCGGGUUCCGCCAAACCCAUGUAUGGCGGAGGCAAGGAAGGAAGCAGAGACUGUGAUGUUCAGCGCAAUCGAUCAACUCUUGGCCAAAACUGGUGUUAAAGCCAAAGAUAUAGGGAUCCUUAUUGUGAACUGUAGUUUGUUUAAUCCGACGCCGUCUCUAUCUGCCAUGAUAGUAAAUCGCUACAAGCUCAGAGGGAAUGUAAUAAGCUAUAACCUCGGGGGUAUGGGCUGCAGUGCUGGGCUUAUUUCCAUCGAUCUUGCCCAACAGCUCUUACAGGUUCAUCCCAAUUCCUAUGCUCUAGUUGUCAGUAUGGAGAACAUCACCCUCAAUUGGUACUUUGGCAAUGACCGAUCAAUGCUUGUCUCCAACUGCCUCUUUCGUAUGGGCGGCGCUGCCAUUCUUCUUUCUAACCGAUCAUCUGAUGGGCGCCGCUCUAAAUAUCAACUCAUCCACACCGUUCGUACUCACAAGGGUGCUGAUGAUAAAUGUUACAAUUGUGUAUUUCAGAAAGAGGAUGAAAGUGAUCGCAGCAGAAUUGGUGUUUCACUUUCUAAAGACCUAAUGGCUGUUGCUGGAGAAGCUCUUAAAACCAAUAUCACAACUCUAGGGCCAUUAGUCCUUCCAAUGUCUGAGCAAAUCCUUUUUUUCGCAACUUUAGUAGGAAGAAAGGUCUUCAAAAUGAAGAUAAAACCGUACAUUCCAGAUUUCAAGUUGGCAUUUGAGCACUUCUGCAUCCAUGCAGGAGGAAGAGCUGUUUUAGAUGAGUUAGAGAAAAAUUUGGAUCUCACUGAUUGGCACAUGGAGCCUUCAAGGAUGACUCUUUAUAGAUUUGGUAACACAUCAAGCAGUUCUUUAUGGUAUGAACUGGCUUAUUCUGAAGCAAAGGGGAGAAUCAGGAAAGGUGAUAGGACAUGGCAGAUUGCAUUUGGUUCAGGAUUCAAGUGUAACAGUGCUGUGUGGCGUGCGUUGAAGACGAUCAAUCCAGCCACAGAAAAGAACCCUUGGAUGGAUGAAAUUGAUGAAUUUCCUGUUCAUGUGCCUAAGGUGGUGUCUAUUGCUUCUUGAAGCUCCAUUUCAUCAUCCUUCCAAGGGAGAUUGUGUUUCCUUAAUAGUUUCAGUAGUAUUUCGUUGAUACGUGGAUGAAAACGCGGUGAUUUCUUUUUUUCAAUUGAUCGCAGCAUUUGUAGGAGGAUUACAUUGGUUUUUAUCAAAUAAAAUACUUGAUUUUUAUUGUUUUGGAAGAA